AUGAAGGUAGCCAUCGUCGGCGCUGCUGGAGAGACCGGUAGCUGCAUUGUUAAUGCUCUCCUCCAGUCUAACAUCUCGGAAUUAAAUAUCACAGCCUUAACGCGCCCCGCUUCUUUGGGAAAGCCAGAGGUUGAAGAACUCAGGAAGAAGGGCGUCAGCGUUGUUGCUGCCGACCUCGUUGGCUCUGAAGACCAACUUGUGAAGAUUCUUAGUGGCACGGAUGUCUUAAUUUCGACCGUCUCCGUGACUGGAUUACUGGACCAAAUUCCCCUCGCAGAUGCGGCCAAGGUAGCAGGAGUCAAGCGUUUUGUUCCCUGUUUCUUCGCUACCAUUGCACCUCCUAAGGGCGUCUUGGAUUUACGGUACUUGAAAGAAGAAAUCCUGCUGCAUGUGAAGAAGAUUCAUCUUCCUUACACUGUCAUAGAUGUUGGCUGGUGGUAUCAGCUCAGCCUUCCUCGCCUUCCAUCUGGACGUAUUGACUACGCCGUAACUAUGCCGGUGGAAUAUAUCGCUGGAGACGGAAAUGCUCCUUCCGCCCUUACGGAUAUGAGGGAUGUUGGCAACUAUACUGCACGCAUCAUAAGGGACCCUAGGACUCUGAACAAAAUGGUUCUUGUCUAUGGUGAGGUUCUCUCUCAGAAUCAAGUCUUUGACCUGCUGGAGAACCUUAGUGGAGAGCAGCUUGAGCGACACUACAGGACCGCGGACGACCUAAAAGUUGCCAUUUCAAAGCCAUUGUCUCAUGACUGGUUUCGCAAUGCCCUCGACCAUCGGGAGACGGUCAUCUCUCAGUAUUGGAAUUCUAUGGGGAUUCGUGGAGAAAACACGCCGGAAUUUGCCCAUUUUCUCGGCUACCUUGAUGGCAAAAACCUAUAUCCAGAUUUCGAGGGAAUCUCAUUGGAGACAUGCUGUAGAGAAAUCCUUGAAGGGAAGGCUGCCGGGGUGUAUCUGAAUAGGUGGUAA